ACUUUACUUUUCUUAUUCAUUCCCACCAACAAUGAUCCUAACACAAACAAAAAGAAAACCAACAUCAUGUCUUAUGUCUCAAUCAAUCUUACCAUCCCAAUCCAAUUGUUGUUCAUAAUAAUUUCCCUCUCAACCAAACUCAUCUUUUUCUCUCCAAUUCCUCUUCUCAUCUCUCCUUCCAUUUCUCACCACAAUCUUUACUUAACCAUAAACCACACAUCACAUUCAAGUAACAAACCAAACCAAACCAAACCAUAAAAAAACAACCUCUUUUUGUGUUAUACUUCACCUUAAAAUAUUAUUCAGAACCUUUCAUCUUUAUUUAGCACCAACCCAUCAUUGAUUUUUAGUUACUUAACUCAAAUGACUCGCCUUUUUCGAUCAAAAUCAUGUGGUGUAACAGGUUUCAAUGUCUCUGAAUUCAACACUGUUACACAAGAAACCAACAACAAAGACAAAGAAGAAGAAUUUCAAAGUGUUAGUGAUGACAAUGACAAUGAUGAUGAAGAUUAUGAUGAUGAUGACAAAUAUUCCAGGGAAUUCACAAAAGGGUCUAACAAUAAUAAUCAAAAGAUUCAAAACCAGUUUGCAAUAUUGGAUAUUGUUGUUGCUGCUCUUAAGAAAUCAAUUGUAACUUGCAGUGUUGAAAGGGAAGAUGUUUCUUCUUUGGAUAUUAGCUGGCCAACAGAAGUGAGACACGUGUCACAUGUUACUUUUGAUAGAUUCAAUGGUUUUCUUGGUUUGCCUUCUGAGUUUCAGCCAGAAGUUCCUACAAGGGUACCUAGUGCCAGUGUGAAGGUAUUUGGCGUUUCUGCAAAAUCUAUGCAGUGUUCUUAUGAUGAUAGAGGGAACAGUGUUCCGACAAUUCUGCUGAGGAUGCAAAAGCAAUUGUAUUCUGAGGGAGGCCUUAAAGCAGAAGGAAUAUUCCGUAUUACCGGUGAGAAUAGCCAAGAAACGUUUGUUAGAGAUCAGUUAAACAAAGGUGUUGUGCCAAAUGGAAUCGAUGUUCAUUGUUUAUCCGGCUUGAUGAAGGCUUGGUUUAGAGAGCUUCCGACUGGAGUACUUGAUUCGCUCACACCAGACCAAGUGAUGAAAUGCAACACAGAAGAAGAUUGCACUAACCUUGUGAAAUUACUUCCUGCAACAGAAGCUGCGCUUCUUGAUUGGGCAAUCAAUUUGAUGGCUGAUGUUGUUGAAAAUGAACAAUUUAACAAAAUGAACGCGCGCAAUGUAGCUAUGGUUUUCGCGCCCAACAUGACACAGAUGGCAGACCCUUUAACUGCAUUGAUUCAUGCCGUACAAGUUAUGAACUUCUUAAAGACAUUGAUUUUGAAGAUGCUUCGAGAAAGAGAAGAAUCAAUUGAUAAUGCGAGAUCGCUCUCACAUAGCAUGGAUUUUACCUCCUGCAAAGAUGAAUUUCCUCCUUUCAACUUCAACAGAGAGGAGUCAUCAUGUGAACAAACUGAGGAUGAUUGUGACAUAAAGUCAUCAACUAGCAAAAGAAAAUUCUCAAGAACUUCUACCUUAGGAAGAAUAGAAUGGAACGUGGAGAAACUUCGGAGCUCCGAGGAAAACAGAAAUCAAGACGAGGUAUUCAAAUCUUUUUCAGCUGAUAGUGCAACUCCAAGAUAUGAGAGUGGUCCAUUAGAACAUAGUUAUAGUUAUAAACGUAGAUAUGACAGCGAACAUUGGUUACGAUUGAGGAAUGGCGUGCGCAAGUUAUGCAGGCAUCCGGUUUUUCAAUUAAGUAAACCAUCUAAGAAGUCUACAAGUCUCGGUAUUGUAAAUACUAGCGAUGGAGGAGGAGAAACUUGGGCUUGAAAAUGCAUGUCUACAAGGUUUUUAAAAAAACAGUCCGUAAUGUUUUGUGAUCGCAACGUAAUGAUAUUUUUAAUGUCUGCCUAACAGGACCUUGACUACAAUUGCAGCCGCAUCAGCUGUAUUUGGUCGUAGUUUUGCGCGAUUUUAAGAAUUUUUAGCUUGACCGCAAUUAGAACCUUGUUUAAGCAUGCCUUGUAGGUUAUGUGUGUGGAAUUGUAUUUAGCAUAAGAAUAGUUUAAGUUGUAACAUGCUGCUUGGUUUUUUAGAAUGUAAGUUCAUGAGAUGUUUGAAAAUGUUAACAAAGGUUCUCUUGCAAAUGAUUA